AUGGCCACACGACCGACGACUCCCGCUUCUCCCAAGAAUGCCAAAAUCAAGUCUCCUUCGCCGGGAUGCCCAGUCUUUGGCUGCGAGCAUGUCCAGAUCCUCCUCUGCCAGAGCCAAGAGGUCAUGAAUAGCUCCAUCGCACACUACAAGAUGAUUCUCCGAGGCAUCUUCGACACGACCCCGAUCGUUUCGCAGACAUCGACGAACCAGGAAGGCCGCCCCGUCACUUCCCUCACCUCCAACUACCUGUGCCUGCAAUGCCCAGUUACCUUGAGCGAGGAGGACCGGCUGAAACAUGGGAAUGAGAAACUGCAUCGAUUUUAUGUCGACUCUCGCACGGGUGCCCUCUACUGUCAGAUAUGCGACGACUUGGUCUGGGACCCUACGCUGGAGGAGCUCCGAGUGCGGAAGAUAGGGACUGGGACGUUUUCAACAAAUCGAAAGCGAAAGCACGACGAACUCUUUGCCGAAUCGUCCAAGGAAGAUCCUCGCAUCAUCUCAGCCAACACAACCGUUGCCUCGUGCCGCGCGAGCGGUCUUCGCGGCAUCUACAACGCAGGGGCGACGUGCUACCAGAAUGUCGUUCUUCAGAGCUUCCUUCACAAUCCCCUCCUGCGCAACUUUUACCUCAGCGACGGGCACCAGAGCAGCGAGUGCAGCAUUUCCCACUGCUUAAGCUGCGCCAUGGACGACAUGUUUCAGGAUUUCUACGCACUGGAAAGCACUAACGGUUAUACAGCCGCCAACAUCCUGUCUGGGUUCUGGAUAUCGGAGAAGAAGGCGUUUGAGAAUCUUGUGACAACCAAGGAACAGGAUGCCCAUGAGUUUUUCCAGUUCUUGGCCGAGGAGCUUCACGAGCGAAACGGCGAUGGCAAGAGGCCGCAGAGCGGCAGCGAGCAUACGUGCAACUGCAUCAUCCACCAGACGUUUUACGGCAAGAUGCAGACAACCACGACCUGUCAGAACUGCCACAACUCCACGCAUGCCGUUCAGUCGUUCCUGGACCUCAGUCUCGGUGUUGACACGUUGGCGCAGAGACGAGCCAAGAAGACGGGACAGAAGCUGCCUGCGCUUACGUUGGGCGACUGUUUGGAUGAGGAGUACGUCAAGUCGGACAAAUGCGAGUACAGGUGUCACAAAUGCGCAUCGAUACAGCAAGCGCGGCGGCAUACCAGCAUCAAACGUUUGCCCAACGUACUGUCCAUCCAACUCAAGAGAUUCGAGUUCAAGCAGGGAAAACACGACCGGGCCGCGUCAAAGAUUGACAACCCCGUCUCUUUCCCGUUGCAACUCAAUAUGCUUCCAUACACCAAUCGCGCUCGCAACCGCGACAGUCGUGAGAACUUGGAACUGGAGAGGUCGUGCACGUAUGACCUCCUGAGCGUUGUCGUUCACGUCGGCGAGAUUGAAACGGGUCACUACGUGUCGUACUGCCGCGUGGGAGAUCAGUGGUUCAAAUUCAACGACCACAAGGUAGAGCUGGCCCGGGUGUCGGAUGUACUCGGUGCUCAGGCGUACUUGCUGUUUUAUAUCAUCCGGUCUCUCGCCUAA